AUGUCGGAUACUGAGACAGCCAACCUCGUGGAAUGGAUAUCGAACAACGGACAAGCAUGGGUGAUAAAGAUUAUUCGCAAGUCGUCUUUGUUGACAGCAGAUAUAUUUGCCUCGAACUUACUUGUUAACGCCACAAAGCGGGGAGACAUUUCAAUGGUGAAGUGCCUUAUCGAUGUUGGAGCUGAUGUCAACGCUCCAGGGGGCGUAACAAAUCGGAAAACUGCCCUUUUGCUGGCCGCAGAGACGAAGAACAUGCAGCUGGUGGAGAUAUUACUUGCCGCAGGGGCAGAUCCGAACAUCGUCACUGCAGACACGUUUGAGAUGACACCCCUCCAAGCUGCAGUCAGGACAGGCUCCGUUGCAAUGGUCAAGAUGCUACUGGAAGCGGGUGCAGAUCCUAACGAGCCAUCUCAGCUCGAUAACACAUUACCAUUGAACACAUUACCAUUGAUGAUAGCUGCGGACGAUGAGUCUACAGAGAUGGUGGAGAUAUUACUGAAGGCCCAUGCUGACCCAAACAUGGGCAGCGAAAGCAUUGAAGGAUAUCUGACUGCUCUGCAAGUAGCAGCUGCCACCAGGUCACCCGAGAUGGUUCAUCUUCUAGUCGACGCUGGCGCAGAUGUCGAUGCACCAUGGGGAGAAGCUUACGAGGAAGUGCUGACUAGGUACGAGCGUUACGCCCCUCGCUUGACGAAAACUCCAUUGCAGCUCGCCGCCGAGGCGGACGACCUUGUCUCCGUCCAGAUCCUACUUGCGGCGGGCGCUGGAGUUGACUUGUCUCUUGCAAACUCAGGGGACUUUUCCACGUGCGCAUUGCUGGAAGGAGACGUCGAAAACAGACUCGUAUCGCCAUUACAAGGAGCUAUUUGGAGCAAUAACACUCUGAUGGUCCGAGUGCUCCUGGGCGCCGGUGCCAAUCUGGAAUUCAGGGCAAUGGGAGGAUACGGGCAUACAGCCCUCCAGGUGGCAGUGGCUACUCAAAACGAGACAACGGUGCGGCGUCUAUUACAAAAAGGCGCAAAUGUGAAUGCCGGGGCCGCAAAAUACCAUGGGAGAACAGCGCUGCAGUUUGCUGCUGACAGAGGCAAUCUUGAGCUGGCCGAGAUGUUGAUGGACGCGGGUGCAAAUGUCAACGCCCUCCCAGCCAUUGAAAGGGGAAGAACAGCACUGCAAGCCGCAGCAGAGGUGGGAAGCUACGAGAUCGUUCAAGCUCUCGUCAAAGCUGGUGCAUUAGUGAACGCGCGCGCCUCUUCGACUGAAGGCGUGACGGCACUGCAAGCUGCCGCGUCUGCGAAAAGAAACCGCUUGGAAAUUGUCAAGUUAUUGCUGAAGGCUGGAGCAGAUCCGAAUGCGCCUGCAGCAGAUGAGCAUGGAUACACAGCAGUUCAGGCAGCCGUCCGAAGCGACGAUAUCGGCGUUGUCAAGCUCCUCUUGGAUGCUGGCGCAGAUGCCAAUGCUUCCGCAGAUGCCAAUGCUUCAGCCGAUGGCCAUGGUCGAACAGCACUUCAAAGAGCGAUUGACAACGGCUGUGGCAACAUCGCUCGCCUUGUACUGGAACUUCGCGCCAAUGCCAAUGACGAAGCGAACCACAGAUGUCGAUGGACUCCUCUGCAGAUAGCCGCCAGGAACGGAAAUGCUGAGCUAACACAGCUGCUCAUUCACGCCAAUGCCAAUAUCAAUGCCCCCGCCUACUUCGAUCUGGGGAAGACGGCUUUACAGGCAGCAACCAGGAGCGGUUCAUCUACCCUCGUGCAGCUUCUACUAGAUUCUGGCGCGGACGUGAAUGCUCCGGCCGCCGCGAACGGAGGCCGGACUGCUUUACAGGUGGCUGUCGAGGGGUCCAAUCUACAUUUGGUACAGCUGCUCCUCAAACAUGGUGCAGACCCAAAUGCUCCACCUGCCUUUGUGUGUGGGUUGACAGCCCUCGAAACAGCCGUACGAGCCUACUACCCAGAACCCCAGAUUCUACAAACCUUGCUGAACGCAGGCGCCGACCCAAAUACCCCAUUCGCAGAUGGAUGGACCGCUCUCCAGCUGGCAUGCAGGCGAGGCAGGUUGGAGGUCGUGCAGAUGCUAUUAGCUGCAAAUGCCGAUGUCAACGCUCCAGCAAACGCUGAGAUCAAGGAAACAAGGAGCGCGAUUCAAGCGGCGGCGGCUACUCGAAACAUCGACAUAAUCGAGACCUUGAUAACAGCCGGUGCGUGGGUGAACAGCCCGGCUAAUCCGGAAGAUGGGAUGACAGCCCUUCAAAUUGCAGCAUCAACAAAGUGUACGAGUGUCGUUCAAGCACUCAUACGUGAAGGUGCAGACCCAAACGCACCUGCGAGCGACAACUGGGGAAGGACAGCACUCCAACUCGCAGCGGAGGUCGGUGACACCAAACUCGUGCAACAGCUUCUCAACCUCGGGGCUGAUGUGAAUGCGCCGGCGGCCAAAAUCGCUGGAGUCACCGCACUCCAGGCCGCCGCCAUCCACGGCUAUGCUCGAAUUGCUCUCAUCCUCCUUCAAGCAGGAGCGAAUGUUGCCGCUCCGGGAGCGAUGAGCGGGGAAGGUCUGCCAUCGAAGGAGCAGCCGAACACGGCCGUGUGGACACGCUAG